AUGAAGUCCCCGAAGGUGGCGGAGCUCGAGAGGCGCAAGAAGGAGCAGCAGGCGGGGAGGCGUCGCGCGCGCGGCGAGGGAUCCGUCCGCGGCGCAGCGACGACGACGAGGGGCGAUCCCACCGCGACGGCGCCCCGAACGAACGUCGCCGUCGUCGUCGACGACGACGACGACCGAUCCCCUCGCCCGUCCGAGGACGAGAGCGACGACACGCGCGCCGCCCCCGCGGGUACCAGCGCCCGCGCGGGUACCGCCGCCGCGCCCGCGCCCGCGCUCUCCGACGGCGACGCCUCGGCGCACGAGGGCGGGGGGCGCGUCCGAGCCCGCGGAUCCGGGUCCGGGCCCACCGCGUCGUCGACGGACCCGCCAGCUGUGCCCCGGGUUGGAAGGACGACGUCCGAGGGAGGAACGCGAGAGCGCAAACCCCCGGGCCGGUACGCGGCGUACGAGACGGACGCCGCGAUACACGGCAGGGCGGUGAGUCACCGACCAGUCACCGGGCGAGGGGCGGCUGGUACGACCCGUGCUCGCCGCGACGCGUCCAGGUCGCGGAGCAGGACGCGAUCUCCGGCGCGGCGAGGUCGACCCGGUCGAGUCGCCGAGUUGGAGGGCGCCGACGGGAGGGCAAGGGAAAGGGGGGCACAAACGAGGAGGGCACCAUCCAAUGAACGCGGACCCGCCCCCCUCGCCGGCCCGCAGUCGCCGCCGAGGACCAGGAGCGAGCAGCGUCGGUCGUGGGGCGCGGGGGGAGCCUCGGCGUCUUUGCCGGGGGGUCCCGGACCCGGACGCGUCGACGUCGACCCGACGCUGCAGUGGCGGAGGGUGGUGCUGUACGGGUACCCGCAUGACACGUUCCCGAACAACGUCGAGCGACUCUUCACCAACCACCUGAGGGUCAACGAGCGGGCCGUCGAGCGGCUGCAGCUGAUUCGAGGCCGGCGAGGGGACGUCACCGCGUUUGCGCAGUUCGCCACCGAGGGCGACGCGAGGCUGGUCAUCGACACGCUCACGAGGAAAGCGGACCGGGGCGCGCCGAUCACCUUCCGCGACUGCGCGCUGUCGGCGUCGCACUUGCACGACUGGCCGAGACAAAUGGACAGGCCGCGGUGGAUCCCGUGCGUCGCCGCGCCGGGGUGGACGCCGGAUCCGAGGAACGACGUUAGAAACGGAGCGGAACCCGCGCCAGUCCCCCCUCAACGUAGCGGGUCCCCCCUCAACGCCGUCAACGACCUCGGUCGGUGGGAGAAGUGGGGCCCGAGGUGGUGGGAGUGCCACGUCGACACCCGCGGUCACAUGGGCGGCGUCAUCGGCAAGUCGGGCGCGACGAUCAAGAAGCUGCAGGCGGAGACCGGCGCCAAGAUGCGGUUCAACAAGGAGGCUGGCGGCGCCGCCGCGAACGAGGUCGUCGUUUGGUCCAACUCGGAGCACGUCGCCGUCGCGGGCGCGAGAGCCGUGUGCGCGCUCAUCGCGGAUCUCGUCGAAUCCUCCCGGGGUGGCGCCCGCGGUCGACGGGAGUCCCUCGGAACGAGAGGCGCCGCCCGGAAGGCGCACAGCUCCGAUCCCGAGGAUGGCGAGAUCCACGAGGGCGCCGUCGUCCUCGCGCUCGGCGGCGGCGACGACGCGCUCGACUUCACCGACGUCCUCCCGACGACGGCGGCGGCGGAUGGGCGGAACCCUCGCGAGUGCGUCGGCAGAAGGCUCCGCGUCUGGUGGCCCGGCGAGGGGCGAUACUUCGCGGGGGUGGUCGACCGCUGGGACGAGUCGAGGAAGUUGCACGUCGUUCGGUACGACGACGGCGACGUCGAGGCCGUGGACCUGGCCCGCGAGACGUGGGACUGGGAAAAGGCGGACGAGGACCGCGAGGGCGAGAAGGGGAGGGUCGACGAGUCGCCGCCGCCGCCGCCGCCGAGCGAGCGUCGCGGGGCGGAGAGGACGCCGGACCUGCCGAGGGCGCCCGAGCCCGAGCCCGCGCCGCGAGCCGAGGAGCCCGAUGUCGAAUCCGAGCCCACCGCGCGGGUUGCCGACCCCAACGCCAAGCAGUUCACGUGCGACGCGUGCGGGAAGGGACCCUACAACGCGAAGGGCAUCAAGCUCCACCGCAAGAUGUGGUGCAACAAGGAGGGUCCGUUUGUCGGAAAGAAGAAGGGGUCCGAGACGGCCGCGGCGCCCGGCGACGCCAAGAAGCGCCCUCGUUCCGCCUCCGCCGACCGCUUCGGGUUCGUCGACGAGGCUGGGGGCGAGAGGGGCGAGCGGGGAGAUGUCCGGGAUACGCCAGAACCUGAGGAGCCGGCGAUUGGCCCGAGCUUUGACGCCAUGCGAACGCAGAUCGAGAACGAGUUCGCGACCCGCACCCAGCUCGAGUCCACGCUUCGAGACCUGGAUACCGACGCCGAGGCCACGGCGGCUGCGAGAGGCGCGUUCGUCCGGGUGAGGCUCAAGCGCAAGAACGCGCUCGAUUCCGGUUACGCGUGCGAGCAGAUCGAUCGGGUGAGCAGGUACCAGCCGGGGUUGGCGGCUGGCGUGACGCCCGCGAGGGACGAGGGCUGGGAGUGGAAGGUUCACUUCGGAUCGGGGAGCAGCGCGGUGCGGUUCCUGAGCAACACGAGGCCCGACCGCGAGGAGACGUUCGGGUGGAUGGUGAGGCACUUCGUGAAGGACGGCGCACAGCUGGCGGGGGCGGGUACCAAGCGCGCGAGGACCUGA